UCUGGGGUUUAUCUAGGGUUCGACUUCCCGCUCUGUCACUCACUCACUCUCAAACCCAAUCAACGCCCAUGGCGAAACCAAGCCGAGGAGGCCGCCGGUCGCCGCCGUCAGGGUCCGCGUCGGGCUCGUCCUCUCGCUCCCGGUCCUACUCCGGCUCCGACUCUCGCUCUCGCUCCAGCUCUCGCUCGCGCUCCGUCUCUCGCUCGCGCUCUCUCUCUCGCUCUAGAUCUCGCUCCAGGUCCUUCUCCUCCUCUUCCUCUCCCUCCAGAAGCGCCAGUUCUCGCAGCCCUAGCGCACCUCCUCCCAAGAAAAGUCCCGCUGAAGUAGCUAGGAGAGGUCGGACUCCACCUUCACAAUCUAAAAGAACUUCUCCACCCCCAAGGAAAGCUUCUCCUAUUCGAGAGUCGCUUGUUCUUCACAUUGAGAAACUAAGCAGGAAUGUGAAUGAAGGCCAUUUAAAAGAAAUAUUCAGUAACUAUGGUGAAGUUGUAAAUGUGGAGUUAGCAAUGGAUCGCGCUGUCAAUAUUCCAAGAGGAUAUGGGUAUGUGGAGUUCAAGACAAGAGUGGAUGCUGAAAAAGCACAACUAUUCAUGGAUGGUGCACAAAUUGAUGGGAAUGUGGUUCAAGCGAGGUUCACGUUACCUCCAAGACAGAAGCUGUCACCUCCCUUAAAAGCCAUUGCCAGUGCACCGAAAAGAGAUGUGCCCAAAACUGAUAAUGUUAAUGCUGAUGGUGAGAAGGAUGGACCAAAGCGACAAAGAGAACUUUCUCCCCGUCGGAAGCCUGCUACCUCACCUCGAAGGAGAUCACCUAUUACUCGAAGGGGCGGAUCUCCUAGACGACCACCAGAUUCUCCUCCACGUCGUCGUCCAGAUUCUCCCGUUCGUCGUAGAUUGGAUUCUCCUUAUCGCCGUGGUGAUACACCUCCGAGGAGGAGGCCAACAUCUCCUGGCCGUGGUCGUUCCUCAACUUCACCAAGACGCAAUAGAUCCCCUGCAAGAAGGAUGCGUGGCAGUCCUGUUCGCAGACGUUCUCCACUUCCUCCUAGGCGCCGUUCACCUCCAAGGCGAGCUCGUAGUCCUCUUAGAAGGUCUCCUAUUGGUCGUAGGCGUACUCCUCCUAUUCGUAGAACUGCUCGCUCACGAUCACGAUCAGCUUCUCCACGGAGAGGUCGAGCACCAGUCGGAAGACGUGGGCGGUCAUCAUCCUACUCUGGAUCACCUAGUCCACGCAAGUUACCUCGGAGAUCAAGGAGUCGUAGCCCGAGAAGGCCCAUUAAAGGAAGAAGCAGUAGCAACAGCAGCCGCAGUAGUUCGCCACUGCUGCCUCGUAAACCAUAGGUAAGCACUGCCUCUCUAUAUCCCCAAAUCCCCCUUGCCCUCCCCUCCCCACCCAUCCCCUGCCUUUCCCCCUCCCAACCUCCCAAAAAAAGAAUCUGAGUUAUGUUUGAUGUAAUGUCGAGGUGGUAUUGAAUAUGAGAACAAGAUAUUGUGGCUGUAAUAUGCUCCUGAUUGUGGCAUUUAGGUUUGUCUCAGUUAUGGUGACCAUUAGUUUGUCUCAUUUAUGUUGGAGGCAAUGUUGAGCACUGGUUAUUUGCUGUUUAUUUUUUCAAAAAUUAUUUAAGCUAAACAUUCUGAUGGAAGAAACAACAUGCAAAAGUUGUAUUCUUGCUUUUAUGAAUGCUACAUGUACAGUUUGUAUGAUUAAUAUUGUUAGUAAGUGUGUGGAAACAUGCAGAUCCUUUAUUCAAA